UUAUAUUUUUUUUAGUAUUUCGUCUUAGACUUCGUAAACACUUAUUAGGUAUCUAAUUGCUAUCUAGCUAAUUCCGUGUUUAGGUAGCUAGAUUCAAGCGCAUUUGCCGAUUUUUUCAGAUUUUUUUUGUCGCGUCGACGCGGCAGUUGCGUUGCACCGGCCGGGAGCCGUGAGUAAGCAACUAAAGCAUUGCGUGACAGGUACCACCGAAUGAGGAGAGUGAGCCAAUUUUGUUUAAUUUAAACAUUUUAAGUGUUUGUUAUUAUUUUGAUUCUAGUUUAUCAUGUCUAUAGAAGCAAAGUUAAGAUUAAAAGAAUUAAUUAUAAAAAGGUCGUCUGCUAAGGGACAGAUAACAAAAUUUAAAAAUUAUUUAACUGGUAUUAAUGAUAAGCUGGAAUUAAAUAAUAUAGAGUUUACCGAGUUAAAAUUAAAAUUAGCUAAAUUUGAAGCUUUGUCGGUUAGGGUUGACGAUUUGCAAGGUGAAAUAGAAGUUUUAAGUCCUGAAAACAUUUCAACCGAAAUUGAUGAGCGUGACAAUAUCGAACAGGAUAUUAUAAUAAGCAUUGCAACCGCCAAAACUUUAGUUGAAAGGUUUUCAAAGGUAUUUGAGUGUGAACAUAAGCGAAAUUCAAUGCAUAACGUUUCAUGUUGCGUUGAUGAAUCUAAUUCUUGUACUGACCUGGGAUUAAAAUUGCCACAGAUACAAAUUAAUAAAUUUGACGGUGCAUAUUUCCGUUGGUUAGAAUUUAAAGACACAUUUGAGAAUUUAAUUCACAAUAAUGACCGUAUACCACCAAUUAAUAAAUUUCAUUACUUAAUUUCUUAUUUACAAGGCGACGCGGCUAGGGUUAUUUCUAACUUCGAGGUGUCUGCUAACAAUUAUGUCAGCGCAUGGGAUUUAUUGUGUAGCCGCUAUAAUAAUAAACGUAUUCUUAUUAAUCAUCACUUAAAUUCAAUAUUUAAUAUUAAGCAGCUUCCUCGAGAAUCAGAGCGUGCUUUGCGAUUUUUGGUAGAUCAAGUAACAAAGGAUUUGCGUGCCUUGGCAAGUUUAGGGCAACCUACGCAUACAUGGGAUACAUUAAUAGUGUUUAUGUUAUCUUCAAAAUUGGAUAACAACACUUUAUUGAAAUGGGAAGAGGUUCGCAGUAGCUUAGAUGGUGAUGUACCCAAUCUGGAUCAAUUUUAUAAAUUUUUAAUAGAUCGUGCCGAUAUAUUAGAAUCUUUAAAUCGAAAUAACAAGUCAGAUAUCAAUGUUGGUAAACCUCAUGUUCAAGUGCGUUCUAACUAUAAUAAUAAUUAUAACACUAAUAACCAAUUUCUAAAACAAGGACAGGGACAAGGAAAUCAAAUAAAAACAUUUUUUAGUUAUAAAAAUAAUAAAAAUAAACAAUCAAAUACAAAAUUUUUAUGUAUAAUUUGUGAUAAGAAUCAUAAAAUAUAUGAUUGUCCUACUUUCAAGGACAAAGGUUUAGAUGAGCGAAUACAAGACGUAGUGAAAUAUAAACUAUGUCAGAUUUGUCUAAGGCAAGGUCAUUCCGUAAAUGAUUGUCGUAUGGGACCUUGUCGUGUGGCUGGAUGUACGGAAAAGCACAACAGUAUGCUGCAUUGCUCAUCCAACCCAUCUACAUCAAGCUCUCCUAAAAGAGACAGCGAUCAAACAAAUAUUUUUGUAAAUUAUGCUAACGAAGACACAUGUCACGUACUGUUGUCCACUGCUUUUAUUGAGGUGUCGGAUCCACUUGGUCAGCAAAAGAUCAAGGUUCGCGCGCUUCUAGAUUGUGGAAGUCAAGCUUCUUUUAUAACGAAAUCUUUGCAGAACAGAUUGUCAUUAAAGCCUAAUCAAGUUGACACUCUAAAGGUCAUCGGCAUUGGCAACUGUUCAAGUAGUGUAACUGAAACUUGUAAUAUUCAAAUAAAUUCAUUAAACAGCAAUUACAGUUCAAUGUUGUCUUGCUAUGUUUUAAAAGAAUUAACAGGGCAAUUACCUAAAGGCCCAGUAGAAAUAACAUUUAAGUUGCCUAGGAACAUGCAGUUGGCUGAUCCAAGGUUUGACCAACCUGCUCCAGUAGACGUCUUGAUAGGUGCAGACUUAUUCUGGGAUAUAAUAAGCGAUGGGCAAUAUUCGCUAGGCAACUGUGGUCCACAGUUAAGAAAUUCCCAUUUAGGUUGGUUAAUAUGUGGUCCUAUUUAUUCAGCAAGGUCUAGCAGAGCCAUUCAGUGCAAUCAAUGCUUAGUACCAUCUCAAAAGAAUAAAUUGGAUAAUCUGUUGAUAAAGUUUUGGGAGAUAGAGGACUUUCCCUAUAACUCAGUAUGUAGGCAAAGUUACGAUGAUAAGGAAAGUGAACAGCAUUUUUUAGAAAACACUACUAGAGAUAGUGAUGGUAGGUUCAAUGUAAAAUUACCUUUUAAAAGGGCUAUAACUUGUUUAGGAAAUAGUUAUGGUUUAGCUAGAAAACGAUUUUAUAAUUUAGAAAAAAGAUUUAGGCGUGAUUCUCAAUUAAAGAUAGACUAUUCCAAAUUCAUUGAUGAGUAUAAAGAAUUAGGGCAUCUGUCAGUUUUAUGUCAGGGUAAGAUAUUUGAUGAAGGUCCACAUUAUUAUUUAUGCCAUCAUGCAGUGAUCAGGUCAGAUAGUGAGUCUACUAAGUUGCGCGUAGUGUUUGACGGUUCAGCAGCCACUACAACUGGUUACUCGUUAAAUGAUCUAUUAAAGGUAGGACCGAGCAUACAAGAUAGUCUUUUUUCUAUUUUAGUACGAGCGAGGCAACAUAAAUACUUACUUACGGCUGAUAUAGAAAAAAUGUAUAGGCAAGUAAAUGUUAAAGAAGGUGACAAAAAUUUUCAGCUGAUACUUUGGAGACCGAAUGAAUAUCAGCCUAUACAAACAUUAGCUUUAAAUACCCUGACAUAUGGAACAGCAUGUGCAAGCUACCUUAGUACACGAUGCUUAUGGCAAAUAGGUCAAGAGCAAGACGAUGAACUCAUAAAGGUCAUCAUCCAAAGAGAUUUUCUUGUAGAUGAUUUGUUGACUGGAGCUGAUGACCCAGAAACAUUGAUUUAUAUACAAAAGGCUGUUUCAUGUGCUUUAAAGUCAGGAUGUUUUAAUUUACGAAAAUAUAAAACUAAUUUUCCGUCAAUUUUUACAAAGUUUGAAAUAAACAAACAAGAUAAUUUAAUAUUGAGUGAAUCCUCCAGUACUUUGGGUUUAGGUUGGACUCCUUCUACUGACACCUUUCAUAUACCAGUAAAAGAAAGUAUAUAUAUAACUGGACCACCAAUCACAAAACGAUUUAUUAUGUCAAAUGCUUUUAAAAUAUUUGACCCGUUAGGAGUAUUAAGUCCAGUUAUUAUUACGUAUGCGUGGGCAAACUCUUCAACCUAAAAUGGGAAAUCUUCCAGAACAGCGGAUUGCCCCAGAUUACCCUUUUUUAGCUGUAGGAGUUGACUACGCAGGUCCAUUUUUUAUCUUGAAUCGCAAAGGACGAGGAAGCCGCUUAAUUAAAUGUUAUUUGUGUAUAUUUGUUUGCUUGCGUUUCAAAUGUAUACAUUUAGAAGCUGUUAGUGACUUAACUAAAGAGGCAUAUAUAAUGGCACUUCGUCGUUUCAUUGCUCGUCGAGGACGACCAACGGAAAUAUUUUCUGAUAACGGUACCAAUUUUGUAGCUGCAGCGCGAGAAUUAGGUUCAUUUAUCAAACAAAAUAAAGAUUCUCUAUUUGACUUUGCAAGUCAACAAUCAAUUAAAUUUAAUUUCAUUCCGGCAUAUACUCCUCAUUUCGGUGGUAUUUGGGAAAGUGGGGUAAAAUCUGCUAAGCACCAUAUACGGCGUGUUAUGGGAAACUGUCAUCUUACUUUUGAGGAAAUAUCAACUUUAUUUGCACAAGUAGAAGCAAUCCUAAACAGCCGUCCCUUGUGUCCCUUGUCAUCUUCUCCCGAUGACCUUCUUACCCUUUCCCCAGGACACUUUCUUAUUGGUCGACCAUUAACUUCGCUGCCUUCUAAAGGUCUUGAUGAAUUCAAAUUUAGUCACUUACAAAGGUACCAGAGAAUUGAGCAAUUAAGACAGCACUUUUGGAGACGAUGGCAAAGGGAGUAUGUGGUGGAAUUGCAACAGCGCACUAAAUGGAGAGAGAACUCUGCCAAUCUUAAUAUUGGGGACCUAGUGCUGAUAGCCGAGGACAAUACUGCCCCUCUCUGCUGGAAGUUGGGUCGAGUGCAGCGGCUGAUAAAUGGCUUAGAUGGAGUGGCCAGAGUGGCAGAAAUUAAAACCAGCAGCGGCUGCAUUACACGUUCGUUGGUCCGGCUGUGCAAGUUGCCGGUACAAGAAGAUUAAAUGAAGAAUGUUGAAAGAGUUUCAACGGCCGGGAGUAUGUUGCGACAUUGCGCAAUGUAUAUAUCAGGCGCAUUUUUUCAUUAUAAUAAUUGUAAGGUGGGGCGACGUGCGCCAUCACUUCUCUUUGUACUCGACUAGCGAAAGGUCAUAUUAAACAAGUUUGUACAAGAA